AUUAAGCUUCUUCACUCUCCAUUCCAUAAUAUCAACUUCAUUCUACACAAUUAGGAAGAACAAAUUAGACAUGUCUCCACAAACAUAAAGAAGAUGAGUUGUUUAAUGAAGAUAUAUUGCUUAGAAUAUUAAAUAUACCGAAAAAAUUAAUUAUAUGGGUGUGGGCGGGUACCCAUGGGGUGAGUAUACCUAAACCCAAACCCAACCCGUAAACAGUGUAGCAAGUUUCACCCGCGUUGACUGGGUUGGAUCGGGUAGGGUACCCAUGGGUUCGGGUUUUGUUGCCAUCCCUAGCAAUAUGUUUCAAGCCCAACCCAAUUUUACAAUUCUCUCAACCCACUCCCCACUAGCCCAAUGCCCACCCAACUUGACAUUAAGAAAUUCUUAGGCCCAACUCCAUUCUUCCGAUAGCUAGCCCACACCCACUUCCACUCACACUCGACCCAAUUCCCAAAUCCUCCCAUCUCUUUCUCUUCGGCCUUCGCUUCUUCUUUCUACCAAAAACCCUAAGCUAGCAGUAGCAGCCGAAAUCGAAAAGGGUAGAACAAGUCGUCAGCUGCCUAGCCCGAGCGCCCAAUCGGCUAUCUCUUCCAGACACCGGCCAUCGUGACUCGUCGCCCCCUGACGGCGACGGUUCGACCUGCGACGCGUCCACCAUCACCUCCGUCUGUCCAAGACUACCACCGCGACUCGCCGCAGUCUCCCACUCAUGGACUCUCUUGUCGGCGUCACCACUCACCACCACAUCCUGUCAUCCAGUAGCUGCAUCCGUCGUCCGCAACUCCGCACCUCAUGUGCUCCAUCCCAGCAGCGGCAGUCACGACAAGACCUACCUCCUGUGCUCCAACUCCGAAGUUCAACUAAAGCCUACCUCCACCACCAUCAGUCGACAUUUUCGGUUCUCGGCAAAAAACCCAACCUAACUGAAUAUAUUUCGGUUCGAAUUCGAUUGUUAGUCAACUGAUUUCCGAAUAACGGUGCUCCUCUGUUCGGUUCGGUUUGAACCAAAUCGACCGAAUGCCCACCCCUAUUGUGGAGGAUAUUGAAGCUAUCCUCCGGACCUCCGCCGUCUCCGCCAGGAUUUGCUGGUUGGGGGGCCGGAUUACUUACGCUGUAAUUGCCAAAAAAAAUGUUAAAAUUAAUUAGAAUAAUAAAAUGUAAAAUAUUUUAUAUUAUUAUGAAUUUACUUUUUAGACUAUUAAAGUAACUCAAAAUAAUAUUCAAACUACAAAUUUCUAACAUGACAGGUUCAAUAUAUAUUAACAAAACAAUUAAAUUUCAUUUCGAUGUUGUAUAACACAUCUCAUAUUCAUUCAAAAUAAGAUCUACACUAGUACCGUGUCAUGUUCAAUAUAUAUUAGUAAAUAAAAAAACAUAUUAAUAGUGCAUUUCUAUAUUAUGUAACCCAUUCUAUGGGGAUGGGAUUAGGUGCUAACCCUUAUAGGGGUUAGCACCGUGAUAACUAGCAAAAAACACUACGGAUUAUUAUAAAAUCAAUACAACAUCUAAGCUAAAUCACUACUAAUUCAAACUAUUAGUAGUUUUUCCCUUGGUUAGGACGGUGCUAACUAUUGUACAAUUAGCACCGUAGUUGUUCCCCAUUCUAUGUUCUUAAUUAAAAGAUAAAUAUUGUUUCAGAACCUAAAUUGAUAUAAUAUUAAAUUAAAAUACUUGAUAAAAUAAAAUAUAAAUAAAGAACAAUGAAAUUGUUCUAAACGAAACUUUCAAAUAUGAACUUAAAACUAAAAGAGCCUGCAUUAUAAAAUAGUAUGGAUUAAAAAUAAAAAUGGACUCUAGCACGUAAUGCACCCCGAACCUAACGGAAAUAAACAAGCACUCAAUCCGCUGGUCUGGUGUGAGUUUAUGUUACACUAGUGCAUACGUAUGUAUUUAAUAUUUUGCUUUGGUUUAUACGAAGAUGCUCGAGAAUAGUUUAAUAUAUAUAAACCUGAAGUGAAGUUACUGUUGCCUAAAUUUCCUUAACAACCGGCUAAUUAAUGGGCUACUAAUCCCUAAACAACAUCCAUUAUUGGGCGGAUUCUAAGUAAGAGUAAUGGCCUUCGGUUGGGCUGUUAUUUGGGCUUUAAUUCUUUGGUAGUGUUGGUUGGUUUUAUUGGCCAGCCACAUAGCACUAUAGCAAUGCUUCGUCUCCCUUCCUCCCCUUUGAGGCUUUGAGGUAAAAAUUGAUAUACAAGUCAUUGAAGUUCAACUUCUAAAAGGAAGAAAAUGGACAUCGUCAUUAUUUUUUACUACGAUAUUUUAGAAAUUAAGGUUAUAUGAUUUGCUAUAUUUUUGUAAUCCAAUGAAAGUAAAGUGUGAUAAUCAAAACCAGCCACCAAGUGAGAAAAUAAAAAUAGUAAAUUAAAAAAAAUUAAAAGAGAAGAAAAACAAUUGAGGUUAAGAGAUUAAGAUCAUGUAUAGUUAUUAAGUAUUCUAAAGGGAAAUACAAUGUAUUAGUCAAACCUUUCAAAAUUUUCAAUUUAUUAACCAAACCUUUUGAAAGACAACAUAUUACCCAAUUCUUUUGUAAUGCAUCAAAAUAUUAGUCAUUUCUCUAUUGCCGUUGGCAAUUUUGUAACUAUUUUCUUGGUGAAAAAACUAAAAUUUCAUAAUGCGUGUUUCUUCCAAGUCAGUAUCAUAUAACCAAGUCAAUAUUAGCGAAAAAACUGCAAACAAGAAUUUAGCAUUUAACUAAUAUUUGUAGAUUGAAAUGCUUAACUAACAAUUUCAAUUUUUUUCCUAAUAAAUUGUAUAUAGACUUUUCUUUUUCAAAACCACAUGAAGACAAGGGAGAUUGACAAUACACACGUUAUUGUGGAUGCGAACAAAUGUGAGUGUGCUUUGUUUUGUCAUGUGUGUUGGUGAGGGAACUGCAUGAAGGAAGAAGGAAAUGAAAAGAAUUUGAUUUG